AUGUGCGAUGAGCCCAAAAUAGACAAUAGUACACAAGAACCAAUGAAUUGUACAAAUCACACAGCAUAUGUUCAGUGUCUGCCAGCACCAAAUAUAACUUGCAAAGAUCAUCUUGGCAUAGAAAAAGUCUUUACAGGACGUGAAGUUGGAUUUUUCAAGCCUAUUGCAUGUCGCAAUGUAAAUGGAUACUCCUACAAAGUGGCAGUAGCGCUGUCCUUAUUUCUUGGAUGGUUGGGAGCAGAUAGAUUUUAUCUAGGCUAUCCUGCUUUAGGUUUGUUAAAAUUCUGCACUGUAGGAUUUUGUGGAAUUGGUAGCCUAAUUGAUUUCAUACUUAUCUCAAUGCAGAUCGUCGGACCUUCCGAUGGCUCCAGCUACAUCAUAGAUUACUAUGGAGCAAGGCUGACCCGGCUUACUAUUACCAAUGCAACCUUCAGGAAAAUGCAGACCUACCCUUAA